CGGAACCCGUCUGCGAGGGGCACAAGAAAGACGUGGCGCUCCAACCAAGCAUUAUUUCCGUCUUCAGCUGCCGAGUCAAACAGGAUACAGCACCGGGAAUGUUGCUCUCGCUCCGGCAACUCUUGUUUGUCUCUCGCUGAGCGCACAACAACACUCUGCCUGGUCGAGCGGCGGAGCUCUGGAGGCCAGUAUGAAGUGGGUUUUCCUCCUGCUGCUCCUCUUCAGGUCCUCUGGAGCAGACGACGGCACGCUGUGCACCUCGGACGCUUGCUACACUCUGCAUAAGGACGAGGUGAACUUCAACAAGGCCACCAACAACUGCUUCCACAACGGCGGCUACCUGAUGACGGUGAGGGACAGAGAGGAGGAGGACGUGCUGCGCUCGCUGCUCUCGCAGGUCCAGGAUGGAGCCCUGAGGUUCUGGAUCGGACUGAAGCUCCACAAGGGCGACUGCGUGCUGACUGACAAACCCCUCCGAGGGUUCAAGUGGGUCUCUGGCGAGGCCGAGUCCAGCUACUCCAACUGGGAGAAGGAGCCGGUGGACACCUGCACCGAGAGAUGUGUGCGGCUCAGCUACAGCGCCGGCGGGGAGAACCGGCUCCGGUGGGUUUCCGGUGCUUGUAAAGUUCGGUCUUUUUACGUCUGCAAGUUCUACUUCAGAGGGAUGUGUGGGGCUCUGACGCUGCUGGGGUCGGGACGGGUGACUUACAUCGCACCCUUCUCAGAGGAGCCGCUGAGGAGCAGCAUAGAGUCGUUGCCCCUCGGGACUUACGCCAAAAUCACGUGCCGCGGCCUCCAGUCCUACACCUCUGUGUGCACCGGAACCGAGCGCUGGACUCUCCCUGGCCCGUUCUGUAAACAGCUGGACUGCACCAGCCAGAACGGCGGGUGUGAGCACGUGUGCCACCAGGAGGCAGAGAAGGUGCGAUGCUCCUGCCGGGAGGGAUACCACCUGAGAGACGACGGCGUCUCCUGUCAGAGCCCAGACCCGUGUGCCGUGAGUCCGUGCGAACACCGCUGCGUGGCAGACCACCUCGGCUUCUCCUGUGAGUGUGACGUCGGGUACGAACUGGAACGGAACCAACGCAACUGCACCGACGUGGACGAGUGCCAGUCGCAAGUCUGCCCGGGUCAGGUCUGCGUCAACACCCCAGGAGGGUUCCGGUGCCAGUGUGAGGUGGGAUUCAAGAUGUUGGACGGGGAGUGCACCGACGUGGACGAGUGCCGGGAGUCCAGGUGUUCCCACAGCUGCUGGAACACCAUCGGGUCGUUCUCCUGCUUCUGUGACCGAGGAUUCGCUCUAGCUGCCGACGGCUUCUCUUGUGAGGACGUGGACGAGUGUGCGUCCCACCGCUGCCUGUUCCAGUGCAUCAACACCCAAGGCGGGUACGUGUGCACCUGCCCGCUCGGCUUCCGCCCCACCUCCUCCGGUCACGCCUGCCUUCCGGAGCUCUCCAACCAAACGCUGGAAAACAUGACGGAACGUCCCGACCAAGUGCAACACCCGUCCACUUUCACCGACCUGACGCUGACCCACGCGCUCAACCUGACUCUGGACCGAACUGGCAACGCGACGUUAGCGGUUAGCUUCUCCGAGACUCUCAACACCCGGGUUCUGGUCUGUGUGCUCGGGUCGGUUCUGCCUCUGCUUCUUCUCAUCACCGUGACGGUUGCCGUAGCGAUUUACCGAUGCCGACUGGCGAAGAAAGAAGCCAAGAAGAACGCGACGACGGACGGAUACUGUUGGGUCUCCUCAGGUCUGGACCCGCGACUGGAGAAACUCUACGAGUCCAUUUUAACAGACGACUUGUGAUGUCAUGGACGCCGGCCUGGAUAUUGUGUAUUUAUUAAUUUAUGUGACACGCGCAACUCUGUAUAUGUGUGUCCCAGUGUCAUCGAGUCAAAACUGUGAUGUCAUCAUUAAAGAGGUG